UUUUAACCCUCACAUUUUUUGACUCACAAAGAACAAAGAAGUAGAGAUGGACUUUAGACAUUUCUUUAUUCUUCAGUUAAUAGUUUUUAGUACUUUAUUUAUAGGAAUUUUAGGUGACUGUCCUAAUCCAAAGGUUGAAAGCUCCACCUAUACUUCAGGGGAUGCUUUCUUCUCCACAGAGACAGUUUACAGCAUUGAACUCACCGUAACGUGUAGCAAUAACCAAGCUCCUUCACUUUAUGCUUUUGUCAAUAAUGAGCUGAUUCUAGUGACCAAAUCAACCUCCUCUAAUUCCUACCAGGUUAGUUGGUCCCUUCCCCAUAAUAAAGCUGUCAAAGGUACGAUACCAGUUGGUUUCUAUGACGAUGAAGGAGCCUCUACCAUGAGAAAGAAUAUGAGAUACGGUGAAGAUGUCAAAGUUGAUCCUUUGUUUACUGUUGAUGUGGAACACAAGGGUAUUAAAACUCAAAGUUUUAUAGCUCCAGGAUUUGUGGCCAUGCUUUUGUCUCUCCUUGUUUGGUGGUUGGCGAACACAGCUAGACAAAAACUGAUGGAAUAGACACUAUUGAGUUUUUGUACAUUAUUAUUUUUUGCUAGUCCAUUUUUCAUUUCAUUGCAUUGAGCCAGUGACAAUGUGCU